UCAUUCUGUGGAUUUUGUUGAUGUCAACACCUGCCAACAAUAAACAAUAUCUCUUUAAAUUUCCAUUUACAAAAUGUCUUCCGAGAUAAUCUACAAGGAAAACAGAAUUACCUCCAGAGAUGAAAAUAUUUUCGUUAAAUCAGAUAAGGGGAGAGCAGUGAUAAGAGCUUCUCCGAAGCCGAAAUUCCUGUCUUUUCCGAGAUUUAUUUUCAUUAUCAGAUCAGUUUUUCUUCCAGAAGGCUUUCCUGAUAGCGUGCACGGAGAUUACAUUCCAUAUCAAAUCUGGGACACAGUCCAGGCAUUUGCCAGUACAAUCCUGGGGAUCCUGACAACUCAUUCAAUUCUCAUCGGAGUUGGUGUUGGAGAAUCCACAGCAACACCUCUAGCUGCUACAAUAGCCUGGAUUCUGAAAGAUGGGGCUGGAAUGAUUGGGCGAAUUUUAUUCGCCUGGUGGAACGGAUCUCGACUCGACGCACAGUGCAAGAAGUGGAGAAUUUUGGCCCUGAGACUUGAUUCCCUGAAUGAGGAUCGACUGGCUAUUCUUCUGGAUAAUUACACGAGACAUCAAUCCAUCGUUGGGGUUGAAGAAUGCAAUAAACGAGAGUCUCUGCUCCUUUUUCAGAAACCUUUUAAACAAUUCUGCGGCUGUGAAAUUAAAAUGGGAGUGACUCUCUCACCUAUUCUCCAACGAAAGACCACAAGUCUGGAUUAUAUCAUCAAAUUGAGGAGUCAUUUUCGUAAUAAGAGGUACAUGAUUGUUCCUGAUGUGGAAAAUCGACGAAUUUAUGUCGGACUGAACGAAAAUGUCGAGCCAUCGGAUGUCCUCGAAGCAUUUUUCCAUUCUUAUCGGUGCGGAAUCGAAAUAACGUCUGCAGAUUGUGGAAAAAACGAGGAAAUUAAUGAGACAAUCUCCAGAAUUAUUGAUAACAAAUCCUCCGUGGACUUCAAGUCCUGGCAUAAACUCCUGCGAGCGAGUGAUUGGAAACAAGAGAUUAAUUUGCUGCCAGUGGGGGAGUGGAGGGCACGUUGGGACUUAUGAAUUAAAAAUUGAUUUUUUAUUAUUG